CAAACUUUUUUCUUUUUCUCAAAUAUCAACCCAAUUUUUUAUUAGCGAAUGCUUUGUAGUUUUGAUUAUUGCAAUUUUUUUUAUAAUAUUACGGACAUAAUUUUGGAACUUUAGUCUUGCAAGUUUGCAGGCAGAUUUCAUUUACAGCAGGACAGGAUAAUUUGUGACCUAGUUUUCAGCUUUCAAUGUUUGUCGCCUGUGUGGUGUAUCGGGAUGCCAAGUGCCACUACACUAUUUAAAACCGUAGAUAUUUUACUAUAAUUUUCAUCAUUAACCAAUGCAAGUCUUAAUCAAGGCUAAUAAUUCAUUUUCCUAUUGACUUCAAUGCUAAGAUCUGAUAUGGUUGGCAAUAUCUGCAAAGAGUGUCUGAUUUUCCGUCAAUCAACAAACACCAGAUUCUUUUUGUCUGAAAUUUACUGCUCUACUUACCAGUAACUACCAAGCUCAGAACCAUGAACAAAAAUAAGCUCCUGCUACUACUUUGUGCUGGUAUGUUUACUUUAAGCAUCCUCUCCAGUGCCGAUGUAGCUUAUGGUAAUGGCAAAAUCUUCGACAUAACUCACAAAAUCACUUCUCGGUUGCCAACUUUUGACUCCAAGAACGGGCUUGGUCAGUUCAUUUGGCUUGUCUCCAGCAUUAAAAAUGGCUCCAUAGCAAAUAUGUCUGAGUUCAAGUUGGGAACCCACACCGGCACUCACGUUGAUGCUCCUAGCCACUUCUUUCAAAAGUACUAUGAAAAGGGGUUUGAUGUUACUACUCUUAGCCUGCAAGCGCUUAAUGGUCCUGCUCUAGUAGUUGAUGUUCCAAGAAAUAAGAACAUUACUGCUGAAGUUAUGAAGUCUUUGAAAAUUCCCCGUGGAGAACAUCGUGUGCUUUUCAAAACACUUAACACUGACAGGAGACUGAUGCAUAAAAAGGAGUUUGCUUCAGACUACACAGGAUUUAUGAAGGAUGGAGCACAAUGGUUGGUUGAUAACACAGACAUCAAACUUGUAGGACUUGAUUACCUAUCUGUUGCUGCUUAUGUUGAUGCAGCCCCAACUCAUCAUAUAUUUCUAAGAAAUAGGGAAAUUGUUCUUGUUGAAGGCCUAAACCUCGAUGGCAUAGAGGCAGGGAAGUAUACUGUCCAUUGCCUACCUCUGAGGAUGGUAGGUGCAGAUGGAUGCCCAACUAGAUGCAUUCUCACUGCAUAAAACGUUUCUCCAAGAGGACAGGCAUGAGCUAUUGAGCUUCUCUUGACAGGGAUGGUUUAUUAUAUCACCAAAUAAAACCUUUUGCGUAUAUUUGGGAAUGGCUGCAGAACAAUGAACUUGAUAAACUCGUUGAAUAAAGCGGAAUCUGUACUGUGUGUCUUCCUUGAUAUUCAAUGCAAAUUCUCUUUACAUCAUUGUUAAAAUGUAUGACAAAAUCAACCUUGUGGUUCUUUGUAACCACACUUGUGCUUGGUUGUUUUUUUAGUACAGAAAUUCACUUCCUUAAAAAAAAAAAAAAAAAAAAAAAAA